AUGGCCGCGGUAUUCCUCCACAAUGCGAUCUUCGCCGCCGAGCCCCCGACGCCGCCACCACCGUCGCUGUCCUCGCACGCGCACUCGCACCGCGGCGGGCCGUUCCUCCUCUCGCACCCGACCGAGCCCCUCCUCCGCCCGAACUCGUUCGCGGACUCGGCCUCCUCAGUCUACCUCGGCCUCCUCGCGCGCCAGCCUACACACCCCGACGCACCGACGGUCGGCAUGGGACUCACCUUGCAAGGCGAUCCGCUCACCAUGCGCGAGAAGCGCGUGCAGCGCGAACGGGCCGUCAGGAAGCUGCUCAGGAGGCUCCGAUGGGCCAAGAGGGCACUGUGGGCACUUAUAGGAUCAUGGGCGACCUAUUGCACGGUCCGGUAUUACGUCGGAGCAUGGCUUCACCCAUUUCAAACAAGACAGAUCAUCGCGCUGGUUUUGGGUUCAUGCACUGCACUAUGCCUCGCGUGUAAUGUCACCUCUCUAGUCAUCUCCGCCUUCGCGCAUAGGCUCGGCUGGUAUUACCGACCACAUUCGAAGCACGAACUCUUGCAAGGCUUCUUGCGAUAUUCAUCGUCACUCUUACUCAUCGCCCCUUCCAUCGUCAAUUUCGUACUCGUCAUCCUCUGGCGGAAUAUCUCCGAUAUCAAAGACAGCUUACAAGGCCGCUGCCACUGGGAUAUCGAUGUCGUCUGGAGCGGCUUUGGCGGCGUCUGUGACGACUCACCCGCUUUUGGUUUCUGGCUCGUCGGGGCUAUCGUUCGACUGCUCCUCACACUGGCACUCGUGCUCGCGUAUCACGUCGUGUCGUACAAGUACAUGGUCACGCGAAGACCGUCCCGUCGGAGGCACAGCACGCUCGUCCGACACUCCACGGCAUCCUCGCGCCCGUCUACAGUCGGAACGACGAUGUCAACUCACAGCUCCCGCCGCGAAGGGUCUCCGCGCCACGACCGCCGGGGGCUCGUGCCUGAGGGUGAGCCUCACGCGCUCCUUAGCGUGCGCUCCCGCAUCCUAGGCGCUGAAGUCAAUCCCGCCGGGCCCUCGCAAGUCGUCCGCCGUGCGGAGCGUCAAUCGAGCUCAAGCCCCACGCCGCCGUCCUCGCCGUCCACGUCCGAGCGAGGUUCGUCGGACGACGAGGAGCACUAUGGGCGCCCGAUCCAGCGCUCGUGGGGCGGGUACGCUUCCGUGCCCGACGACGGCUCGCCAGACCGCGACAGUGCGCUCGAGCAACACUGGCAGCCCACCAGCCGGACCAGCCGUGGGAUCCCAUGCCGGACUCAGACUGAACAGCUUCGCGGCACAGUUCCGGGCGCUGGUCGAGCAGGUCGCGACCGCGACGAGUACGGCGCGCCGCGGGACUCGCAGUACGUGCUCGGGCGCGCGUCGAUGGGCUCGCACGAGCUCGUGUCGCUCGCGAGCGCGAGCGCGUACGGCGGGUUCUCGCGCCCCCUCUCGCUCUCGGUCGACGGCCUCGCCGCGCUCGCCGCGGCGGGGGGCAGCGACUCGCGGGGGGCGAGCGAGUUCGGGGAGCUCACGCCGAGCUCGGCGACGAGCUACAGCUCUCCCGCGUUCUUCGGCGGGCGGCGGGAGCAGGAGUACGGCGUCGUACCACACCGCGAUUAG